UGCGCUCGGUGCGCGGAGCCGCCGCCUCCCGGGGAGCCACUCCCGCCCCGGCUCGCAGCCGGCGUGCAGGCCCCGCCUCCCCGCGGGUGAACCCUAUAAAGUGGCCGCGGGUCCCUCGGACGCCAGGGUCAGCCGGGUGCCGGUGGGAGCCAUGGCCCGGGAGCUGUACCACGAGGAGUUCGCGCGCGCCGGCAAGCAGGCGGGGCUGCAGGUGUGGCGGGUCGAGCAGCUGGAGCUGGCGCCCGUGCCCGAGAGCGCCCACGGAGACUUCUACGUCGGGGAUGCCUACCUGGUGCUGCACACGGUCCAGACGAGCAGGGGCUUCGCCUACCGCCUGCACUUCUGGCUCGGAAAGGAGUGCUCCCAGGAUGAAAGCACAGCCGCGGCCAUCUUCACUGUCCAGAUGGACGACUACCUGGGAGGCAGGCCUGUGCAGAGCAGAGAACUCCAAGGCUUUGAGUCCACAGACUUCGUUGGGUAUUUCAAAGGAGGUCUGAAAUACAAGGCUGGAGGUGUGGCAUCUGGACUCAACCACGUGCUCACAAAUGACUUGACAGCCAAGAGGCUUCUCCAUGUGAAGGGGCGGAGAGUGGUCAGGGCCACAGAAGUUCCCCUCAGCUGGGACAGCUUCAACAAGGGCGACUGCUUCAUCGUUGACCUUGGCACCGAAAUUUACCAGUGGUGUGGUUCCUCAUGCAACAAAUAUGAGCGUCUGAAAGCAAACCAAGUUGCCAUUGGCAUUCGAGACAAUGAAAGGAAAGGCAGAUCCCAGCUGAUUGUGGUGGAAGAAGGAAGUGAGCCAGCGGAGCUUACGGAGGUUUUAGGGAAAAAGCCAGAGCUCCAGGAGGGAGACGACGAUGACGACACCAGAGCAGACAUAAGCAACAGGAGGGCAGCGAAACUCUACAUGGUUUCAGAUGCGAGUGGAGCCAUGAAAGUGACUGUGGUGGCUGAAGAAAACCCCUUUUCCAUGGCGAUGCUGCUUUCUGAAGAAUGCUUCAUUUUGGACUAUGGUGCUGCAAAACAGAUUUUUGUAUGGAAAGGUAAAGAUGCCAACCCCCAGGAGAGGAGGGCUGCAAUGAAGACAGCUGAAGAAUUCCUUGAGCAAAUGAAUUAUCCCAGAAAUACCCAAAUUCAGGUUCUUCCAGAAGGAGGAGAAACACCAAUUUUCAAGCAAUUCUUUAAGGACUGGAAAGACAAAGACCAGAGUGAUGGCUUUGGGAAAGUGUAUGUCACAGAGAAGGUGGCCCGCAUAGAACAAAUUCCGUUUGAUGCCUCACAGUUGCAUAGUUCUCCACAGAUGGCUGCCCAGCAUAACAUGGUCGAUGAUGGUUCUGGGGAAGUGGAGAUUUGGCGUGUAGAAAGCAAUGGUAGGGUUCAAGUGGAUCCAGAUUCAUAUGGUGAAUUCUACGGCGGUGACUGCUACAUUAUCCUAUACACUUACCCCAGAGGACAGAUUAUCUACACAUGGCAGGGAGCAAAUGCCACGAGAGACGAGCUGACAACAUCUGCGUUCCUGACUGUUCAGUUGGAUCGUUCCCUUGGAGGACAGGCUGUGCAGGUCCGAGUGUCCCAAGGAAAAGAGCCUGCGCACCUGCUGAGUUUAUUCAAAGAAAAGCCCCUCAUUAUUUACAAGAAUGGAACAUCAAAGGAAGGAGGUCAGGCACCUGCUGCCCCUGUUCGCCUCUUUCAAGUCCGGAGAAAUCUGGCCUCUAUCACCAGAAUUAUGGAGGUUGAUGUUGAUGCGAGUUCAUUGAAUUCCAACGACGUUUUUGUCCUGAAACUGCAACAAAACAACGGCUACAUCUGGAUCGGAAAAGGUUCCAGCUCGGAGGAGGAGAAGGGUGCGGAGUACGUGGCAGGUGUCCUCCAGUGCGAUGCCUCCAGGAUUCAGGAAGGCGAGGAGCCAGAGGAGUUUUGGGAUGCUCUCGGAGGGGAAAAAGAUUACCAGACGUCACCACUGCUGGAAACCCAGGCUGAAGACCAUCCUCCUCGGCUUUACGGCUGUUCUAACAAAACUGGAAGGUUCAUCAUUGAAGAGGUUCCAGGAGAGUUCACCCAGAGCGAUUUGGCAGAAGACGAUGUCAUGCUCCUCGAUACCUGGGAGCAGAUAUUCAUCUGGAUUGGCAAUGAUGCCAAUGAAGUGGAGAAAACUGAAUCUGUGAAGUCAGCCAAAAAGUACCUUGAGACAGACCCUUCUGGACGAGACAAGGGGACACCGAUCGUCAUCAUCAAGCAGGGCCAUGAGCCCCCCACCUUCACAGGCUGGUUCCUGGGCUGGGAUGCCAGCAGGUGGUAAACAUUUUUGUAAACAAACA